CGAGCAGGUCUAGCUGUUGUACGGUAUAUAGAAGACGAGCUGCGCUCCUGGCCGCGAGAGCAAGAAGAGGAACCCGAGACCGUCAGGUAUCUUCGGCUGGCAUACCGCUCAUAUAACCCAUCUCAGGCGCUCUUCCGUGCUCCAGCCACCCACAACUCCUUUGACCAGCAACGCAUCCGCUCGGUAUGGUUCAGCUCCUGAACCCUGCGUCACUUGUCCUUGGCGUCUCGCUCUCCUUCCUCCCGUGGGCCUUUGCACUCCCGGCAGUGCCAACUCGGUCAGAUACCCUCGCCAAACGUACCGUGCCAGACUCACUCCUUGGACACGCAUAUCACAUCCACGAACACUCCGCACCCCACGCACGCGAUGGUACCGGUUCAAGUACCGGUCGAGGAGCGACACCGCCGUCAAGGCCCGUGCUGCUAGGCUGGGGACGCGGCUCCGAGCCGCUGCUUCUGCGUUCGCGAGAUACAAGUCGUGGUAGCGAAGACCACGAUGCUUCACCGGCCGCGUCAAGCACACAUCAUGGCCUCGCCGGCGAACACAAGCACGCUCCAGCGACGCAGCCCAAGAGCGAGCCUCAAUCCGAGUCGCGGGACGGAGACAAGGACCGGGAUCAGAGUGGGGACGGGGACCGCGGGCGGGGCCCCAAUAUCUCGAGGCGAGGACGCAGCAUCUCGAACGCAUCGGGCAGGGACCGGGCGCGUGUGAGAGAGGCGCUCAUGGCGAAGCAAGCGGCCGCCACCAGUGCGCGGGGAAGGAGUCGGCUGGGGCACCAUGAUAUGUUGCGCUGAUGCCUUCGGUGAGCCCAGAUAGGGGAAGGCUGUGAUGAUUUGGGAUUGAGAACAAUGCUAGUCCUUCGGUUGGAUCGUGUUUCGUUUAUCUACGCUCGUUUUGUCUUUCAC